CGUUAAUAUCGACUUCUUUGUCAUAUGUUUAUUGUUGUUUCUAAAGAAAGAAUUCUAGUUUCAGGUGGUUUAUUUGUUUAUAUAUAUUUUUAUUGACAUUAUAAUUAUGGAAAUUUGCAUUGACAGCAUUGAAUCGGCAAAAAAUGCAAUUUCCGGUGGUGCUUCACGACUUGAAGUUUGCAGUGCAUUGUCAGAAGGUGGAUUAACACCAUCCUCUGGACUUGUAUUUCAAAUUCGAAAAUUAUCCCCUAUACCAAUUUACAUAAUGAUUCGAGUAAGAGCCGGAAAUUUUGUCUAUUCCGAAGAAGAAAUGAAUGCCAUGAUUUUUGACAUUGAAACAUUAAAAAAAUUAAAUCCAAAUGGAUUUGUAUUUGGUGCACUGACAAAUGAGAAUGAAAUUCAUAAUGAAUAUUGUGAAAAAAUUUUAAAUGCUGCCCAACCAUUUCCAGUAACAUUUCAUCGCGCAUUUGACUAUGUCAAAGAUCCUCUAGAAUCAUUGGAAAUAAUAUGUAAACUUGGUUUUGAAAGAAUAUUGACAUCGGGACAAAAAGAAUCGGCAUUAGUCGGCAUUUCAUUGAUUCAACAAUUAAUUGAGAAAUCAAAAAAAAGAAUUAUUAUUAUGCCCGGUGCAGGAAUAACAAAAGAUAAUUUAAGAGAAAUUAAAAAUUUAUCCAAAACACAUGAGUUUCAUGCCUCGGCAAAGAAAAUUAAAAAUUAUUCAAAACAAUUAAAUAAUAUAAAAAUUGGCGAUGGUGUCAAUUUUUCUAUAAUGAUUGCUGAUGAAAAUUUAGUUAGAGAAAUGGUAAAAAUUCUCAAAGAAAGUUGAUGAAAAUA